AUGCAACUCCCUGAAUUUACCACAUCUUUCUUAUCAGUACAUAACCAACACUUACCCCACACACACACACAUAUAUACAAGAUCGAGAUAGUCAUGACAAGCACGCUUAAUAACGAAGAAAGACCCAUUUGGCAGGAUGAUUUUGAAGUAAGCCAAUGUUUCAUAUGUAAUAAGCCAUACAAUAUGUUUUUGAAUAGAAGACAUCAUUGUAGAAAAUGUGGCAAAGUGGUUUGUGGGGAUUGUUCCCAACGAUUCAUUACUUAUUUCCCAAAUACUCCUAUAGUAAAUGGUCCAGAUAUAAUUAUUCCUCAAUUUUCAAAUAAUAAUACAACUUAUAGAACAUGUGAUAGAUGUGCUGAUGAAACAAUAAUGAUACGACAAGCUUUAUUUAAUGGUAAUAAUUAUCCGAUUGCUGGUAACAAUAACUCUGGAGGAGUAGUGGGAUCAUCUACUGCUUCAAGUGUCGUUGAAGAUAAUAAUAGUAUUACUAAACAUGCAAAUAUUCAUCAACAUACAAGAAAUUUACAUAAUUCAACACCUUCAUUACGACAUCAACUUCAAGAUCAAUCAUCUGAUUUAAACUUAUGUCCUGUAUGUGCUACGGAUUUAUUAAAAUUAUAUAUUGAAAAUAUUCAUUCUCAUACUAAUGAUAAGGACUACUUAUCGAAUAUAUCAAAUGAGAAUUUUGAAGAUUUUAAAGAACAUCAUAUUAAUGAUUGUUUAAUUAAUUUUGAUUUUGAUACUAAAAAUUCAAAUAGAUUUUCACCAGAUAAUCUGAAAACUUUGAAAAAUAAAAUGUUGGUUUAUAAUAUUCCUCCUAUACCAAAACCAACUUAUGAGAAUAUAAAUUCUGGAAUUGAUGAAGAUGAUGGAGAAUGCUCAUCUUCAGCACCAAAAGAGAAAAUCAAAGAAAGUGAUUAUGAUGAUGACGAUGAAAAUGAAUGUGUGAUUUGUUUAGAAAGUUUAAAACCUGGUGAUAAAGUUGGUCGUUUGGAAUGUUUAUGUGUUUUCCAUUAUAAAUGUAUUAAAGAUUGGUUUAACAAGAAAGGUUAUGGUGAAUGUCCUGUUCAUUUCUUACACAAAUAA